CGCGGUUUUAAUCGCCACUACCAAUUCAAUUCUGUUAUUAUUUUUUGCAAUCAGGUUUUUUGUGUAGAUACAAUGGGAGGAGUUUGUUCAGGAGGUACUGUAAAGAAAAGUAGGAGAAGAACUGUAGAGGUUGAGGAUGAGAAGAGAUCAGGGUUUUCGGGUAAGCUGAAAUCUAUUGGAAGCUUCGGGAAACAGAAUAAGAACAACGAUGAAGAUUCCUAUACGUAUCCGGAUGAGAGUAAUGUUUUCGAGAAAGCGCCUCGCAAUUUGUUCGAUUCGGGUGAGAUGAACAUGACGAUUGCUCGUGAGUUUAAGCUCUCGGCUCAAGCCAAAACCGCAGCUAACAAGGGACCACAAACGACGUCAUUUUUCGGUAAAGCCGGCAUAGUAGGCCUCGAGAAAGCAGUGGAAGUUCUUGAUACUUUAGGCAGCAGCAUGACGAAUUUGAAUUCCGGGGGAUUUACAACCGGUGUAACUUCUAGGGGAAAUAGAAUAUCUAUAUUAGCAUUCGAAGUCGCUAAUACCAUAGUCAAAGGCGCAAACUUAUUGCAGUCUUUGUCUGAAGAUAAUAUCCAGUUUCUGAAAAAGGAAGUUUUGAAUUCGGAAGGGGUUAGAAAGCUGGUUACCACAGAUAUGGAUGAGCUACUUCGCAUUGCAGCUGCCGACAAAAGGGAAGAAUUUGAUGUCUUCUCUCGUGAGGUUAUAAGAUUUGGGAAUUUGUGUAAGGACCCACAAUGGCACAACCUUGAUAGAUUUUUUUCCAAAUUGGAGUCGGAUAUUGAUAUUCAUAAACAGCUAAGAGAAGAGGCAGAUAUGACUAUGCAUGAACUAACAACUCUGGCCCAGCAUACCUCUGAAUUGUAUCACGAGUUGCAUGCUUUGGAUAGAUUUGAUCAAGAUUAUCAACGGAAGCUCGAAGAAGUAGAUUCACUACACCUUCCUCGCAAAGGUGAGAGUCUCACGAUGUUACUAAGCGAGCUAAAACAUCAACGGAAACUUGUGAGGAACUUGAAAAAGAAAUCUCUCUGGUCUAAAAGUUUGGAGCAGGUCGUGGAGAAACUUGUCGACAUUGUUACGUUCAUUCAUCAAGAAAUUCCUGAAGUCUUUGGAGUUGGAGAUAACGGGUUGCGUUCUGCUGGAAAGGUGUCCACGAGUAAGCCAGAAAGACUAGGUGGCGCUGGUCUUGCCUUACAUUAUGCUAACAUAAUUACUCAGAUUGAUAACAUUGCGUCACGCCCGACUUCUCUUCCCCCAAAUAUGAGAGAUACAUUGUACAGUGGUUUGCCACCGACCGUCAAGAAUGCUCUUCGCUCCCGAUUACUGAUUGAUGACAAGGAAGAGCUAACAGUUCCUCAAAUCAAAGCCGAGAUGGAGAAAUCUCUCCAGUGGCUUGUCCCUGUAGCAACCGACACUACCAAAGCACAUCAGGGUUUUGGAUGGGUCGGUGAAUGGGCCAACACAGGUAACGAUUUUGGCAAAAAAACGAGCACGCCAAACAACCUCAUACGCCUACAAACACUCUACCACGCAGACAAAAAUAAAGUCGAUACUUGCAUACUCGAGCUCGUGACUUGGCUCCACCGCCUCAUAAGCCUCGUGAGGUAUAGAGACAACGGGCACAAGCCAAUCCUGCCGCCAGCUCGCUCCCCAAAGGUACAACUCAAUAACGGCAAGGUGCAACUCUCGUCAGAGGAUAGAAAUCUUUUAGACGAUGUAAUGACACGGAGGAAGUUGGUACCCGGGCUGAGUAAAAGCCAAGAAUUCGUGGUGGUGAAGAAUAAGAAGAGUAAGAUUUGGGCAAUGAGUAGAAGCACCGGGAGUUCACCGAGAAGGGGUUUGAUGAAACAUCAAAAGGAAGAUGUUUUGGAUAUAUUGGACGGUUUGGAUUCUUCGUUUUCGUUUUCGAGAGAUGUUAUGAGGUGAAGUGCUUUGUCUUCAUUCUUUUAUUUGAUUAAUUAACGAUAAAAAGAAAAGGGAAUUCGAAUCUUGGGCGAAUAUUUGUGUAUAUAUUUGCGAUUAUCGAGCGUGGGAUUUAUAUAUAUAUAUGUUGGAAAUUUUGUAUUUAUAAAUUAACAAGGGGAAAAAUUCUUCUACUGGUUAUAAACUUGUAUUAUUCGAAAGGUGAAUAUUUUGAUUCGAUCCAUCC